CCCGGGCGGGCAGGCGACGGCGGCGGACGGCAGGAUCGGCUGGCCGGCGGCGCCCACACCGCCCUGGCUUCCCGGCCGCCGGCUUCCUUUUGUCUUUCCGGGCGGCGAUGAGCGCAGGACCCGCGCGGAGGCUGCGGGCGCACAGAAGCCCGCGCUCCUAGCCACCUCUCGGGCCUCGGGAAGGAAGCCGGCGGAGUGCGUUCUGCCCCGGACCGCCCAGGAAACCUCUGGAUUUGCCUGUCUGGACUUUGGAGGGUGAAUGGAACCACGGACUCAGUGCCUUCUGCAUGUGGCCACUGUGCUGAGCAUAAGGGGCAUGGUCUAGCCACUCACUGCGCCGCCCCAGCCCGGAGCCUCUGACCCUCGCCGUGUCUGGUUCUCCGCUCGGCAGCAGGUGUAGUCACCGGCCACCAUGGGCAAGCAGAACAGCAAGCUGCGGCCGGAGGUGCUGCAAGACCUGCGUGAGAACACGGAGUUCACCGACCAUGAGCUGCAGGAGUGGUACAAGGGCUUCCUAAAGGACUGCCCCACCGGCCACCUCACCGUGGACGAGUUCAAGAAGAUCUACGCCAACUUCUUCCCCUACGGCGACGCCUCCAAGUUCGCCGAGCAUGUCUUCCGCACCUUUGACACCAACGGUGAUGGCACCAUCGACUUCCGGGAGUUCAUCAUCGCGCUGAGCGUGACUUCUCGGGGGAAGCUGGAGCAGAAGCUCAAGUGGGCCUUCAGCAUGUAUGAUCUGGAUGGCAACGGGUACAUCAGCCGCAGCGAGAUGUUGGAGAUUGUGCAGGCCAUCUACAAAAUGGUGUCGUCUGUGAUGAAGAUGCCGGAGGACGAGUCCACCCCGGAGAAGCGGACAGACAAGAUCUUCAGACAGAUGGACACAAACAACGACGGCAAACUGUCCCUGGAAGAAUUCAUCAAAGGUGCCAAGAGCGACCCCUCCAUCGUGCGGCUGCUGCAGUGCGACCCCAGCAGCGCCAGCCAGUUCUGAGGGUGGGGGUGGGGUGGGCGACGCGAGGAGCCCGGGCUCCUGCCCUUCUCAGCUUUGCUCUCCAAAGCGGACGCCUCCGCCUCCAGCACCCUCCUGCCGGGCCGGCCAGUAACACGAAGCACCUGGCCUGCGGGCUCUGCCUCCCUCCUCCGCCUGACCAGCGUGAUGUCCCCUCCCGCCCGGCCCGUCCCUUCCAAAGUGACUCCGGGGAUGGAACUCUCCUCUGCAGGGCACGGCUUGCCGGGCUCCGGGCAGGACUUUCCAGGAGCGUGCCGAGGCCCGAGUUGGCCUCCCCAGCGCCAGCGCGGGGACUUCGUGGGCUGGGUGGGACCGAAGAUGAAGACGAAGACAGCGGAGCACAGACAGCCGAGCCCCUCCCGUGCAUGGCCCGCCCCCUUGCCCACGUGACCAGAGCCCUUGCACGCGUCAUUCUGCGGUCCUUUCUUUUCAUAUGUAAAUUAUGUGUCUGCUGACGUGAGGUGUGACGUGUAGGUUCCCUAUUUGAAGCCUCCCGUCGCCCGUGCAGCAUGGUCCCGUGACCUGCGGUGGUCCCGUGGAUUUCGGCCUCGCACCCGCCCCGUGCUGGAGAAGAUGCAUGCAUGCCCGGGGCCCUGGACGCUGCACCGUCCUUGUCGUGAGUGCAGGCAUCUGUGUGACCGUCCUUCCUGUUGACUGGUCUGGCAUUUCUGGUAUUAAAAUGAUCAAAUAAACGGAGUCCUGUGAGUGU